AUGCCGGUGAUCUUCGUCACGGUGGAGGAGGCCUUGGGUGACUUGGCACAGCUGAAGCGCGGGGAGCGCGUCCUGAUCCACGCAGCGGCCGGCGGCGUCGGUUUGGUGGCCAUCCAGUACGCGCAGUUUGUCGGAGCAGAGGUGUAUGCCACGGCCGGGGCAGACGAGAAGCACGAAUUCCUACGUUCCAUGGGUGUGAAGUACAUCACCAGCAGCAGAAACGGUGCCAAGUUUGAAGAGGACAUGAAGGCCUUCUUGGCUGAAGUGGGGGAUGAUGGCAUCGACGUGGUGCUCAACAGUCUCAGCCAUGAUGACUACAUUCCGCGGUCGCUGGCUCUUCUUCGCAAAGGUGGCCGCUUCAUGGAGAUCGGCAAGCGUGGCAUCUGGAGCCACGAGCAGAUGUUCGAGGCAAGGCCGGAUGUCAUGUACGAAAAGAUCGCUGCAGACACCAUGAUGGACAAGGAGCCUUGGCGCUACAACGGAUACAUGAAGCGUCUCAUCAGCCGCGUGGACGAAGGUGGCCUCAAGCCCAUCAACAUGCAUGUCUUUGAGGGCAUGGAGACGGGAGUCAAGGCAAUGCAGUUCCUGCAGCGUGCGCAGAACAUCGGCAAGGUCGUGAUCAGCCAGCCGAGCACGCUGGAUCUGAAGCCGGACUCCCACUAUGUCCUCAGCGGAGGAAUGGGAGCCCUUGGUAUGGUGACGGCCCAGUACCUCUUGGAGGAAGGGGCAAAGUCGAUGACGCUACUUUCACGAAGUGGCCGGCCAUCCGCAGACAUCACGGAGCUGUGGGCGGCCUUGCAAGACUCGAGUGUCGAGCUGCAAGCCGCCCCCUGUGACAUCGGCGUCUUGGAUGCCGUGCAGGAUUUGGCCAAGAAGCUCCGGGAAGACAAGAAGCAGAUUGCAGGCCUCAUCCACUUGGCAGCCGUCUUGGACGACGCCACCAUGCCGAAGCUGACCCGCGGCCACCUGGAACGAUCCUACGGGGCCAAGGUCUGGGGAGCACGGCAUCUACGCCUCUGCCUCCAGGAAGGCAAGUGGGACUUCUCCCUGCUCUUCUCCUCGACUUCCGCGCUGCUGGGCUCGCCAGGCCAAGGCAACUACUCCGCGGCCAACGCCGCGCUGGAUGGCCACGCGCGGUACUGGAAGAAGUCCUUGCAGGAGCCGGUGGUUUCAGUGCAAUGGGGGCCUUGGAAGGAGGUUGGCAUGGCGGCCCAGAAGGGGACUGUGGAGCGGCUCCGCGCCUCGGGCGUGGGAAGCCUCACCAACGCGUUUGGCAUGGCCGCUCUGGCCGGGUGCUUGCGAUCGCCGCCUUCCACGACAAUCGUGGCACAACCCAUGCGCUGGGCGGUGUACCUGAAGCAGUAUCCGAAGGUCCCGCCCUUCCUGUCCCGCUUCGCGAGUGAGGUGAAGACAGCGAAGCCGAAGAAGGCCGCGGCCCCUGCCUUCGGGGUUCGAGCAGCUGCUCCAGCUGCUGUGCCGCAGGUGGACAAGGCGUCUCUGAAGCAGAUGCUUCAGAGCAUCGCCUCGGAGGUUGCUGGUGGUGGAGUGGUGGAGCAAGAUGCUCCACUCAUGGACUCUGGCAUGGACUCGCUCUCGGCCGUGGAGUUCCGCAACCGCUUCACAAGCAAAAUGCCAGGGGUCAACUUGCCCAACACCCUGAUCUUCGACUACCCCACGAUCUCUUCCAUCGCCGACUUCACGGCCAGUCAGAUGGGACCAGCACCAGGUCCGGCUAUGGCCAACGGCAUGCCCGAAGCAAUGAUUCCUGCUGGGCCGAGUCCGACCGAGGUCAAGGAGCUGCUGAAGCGCAUCGCUUCCGACACCACCGGCGGCCUCGUGGAGGAGGACAAGCCGCUGAUGGAGUCAGGCAUGGACUCGCUCUCUGCCGUGGAGUUCCGCAAUCGGCUUUCUAGCGAGCUUCCUUCGCUCGACUUGCCCAACACGCUGAUCUUUGACUAUCCGACCAUCGCCAGCGUUGCCGGCUACGCCACCGAGCAGUUGGGCACCACAGGUGCUCCGAUGGCCAUGGCAGGUGCAGCAGCCCCACGGGGCCCACCCAGCAGCAUGGAUGAGCAGCUCUCCGUUGCUGGCAUGGCCGCGUACUUCCCAGGGGCAGCAUCAAAUUGCAAGACCUUCCACUGCGCCCUCACCAAGGGCGUGGAUGGUGGGGUGGAAGUGCCCUUUACGCGUUGGGAGUUGGAGGAAGUGUGGGAUCCGAACCCAGAUGCCCAGGGCAAGAUGUAUCCAAGACACGGUAACUUCGUUGAGGGCGCCGAGUUCUUCGAUGCCAAGUACUUCGGCAUCUCCCCGCCGGAGGCGCGGGCGAUGGACCCCCAGCAGCGCCUGCUGCUCGAAACGUCCACCAACGGCCUGCUUGAUGCGGGGCUGACAAAGCAGGAGCUCAUGGGAAGUGAGGUCUCCGUUCAUGUGGGCCUUGCAAACAACGACUGGAUCCAGAUGCAGAGCUGGGACUGGCGGAAGAUUAGCCCAUACACAGCUACGGGAAUGUCGUUUUCCGUCUCAGCCGGUCGAAUUUCCUAUGCCUUGGGUCUCAAGGGACCCAGCUACAUCGUGGACACGGCAUGCUCCUCUGCGCUUGUUGCCUUGGAUUGCUCUGCCACUGCACUCCGAAAGGGCCGCUGCAUGGCAGCCUUGAACACGGCGGCCAACAUCAUGGCCAGCGCAACCACCUACAUCAGCUUCAGCAAGCCGCGCAUGCUCUCUGCAACGGGGCGCUGCUUGACCUUCGACGCAUCAGCUGAUGGAUAUGCACGAGGUGAAGGUGCAGGAGCUGUGGUGCUGCGCAAGCCCGCGGAUGCGAUCUCUGCAGCAGCCACGGUGGAAGUGCCCACAGCUAGUCUGGAGCGUUGCGCGCUCUUGGGCGUGGCCGUGAACCAGGAUGGCCGUAGCUCCACGCUGACGGCCCCGAACGGCCCGUCUCAGCACAUGGUGAUGAUGGUCGCCUUGGCAGAGGCACGACUUGCGGCCGAAGAGAUCAUCCACAUGGAGUGCCAUGGCACGGGUACACCGCUAGGCGAUCCCAUUGAGAUCGGCGGCAUCAAGUCCGCGAACGCAUCCCGAAGUGCUGACACGCCAAUCGUGCUCGCAGCGGUGAAGUCCAAUUGCGGUCACCUGGAAGGCCCUGCUGCCUCCACCGGCCUGAUCAAGUCCAUCGCAUUGAUGGAGCAUGCAUCCUCAAUGGCAUCUCUGCAUCUUCGUCAGCUCAAUCCCAGCGUGGCUGCCUUGCACGAUCUACCAGGUGUCUUUGUCACCGAAUCCGUGUGCAUCUCCAAGCUCAUGAAGCCACAAGGCAAGAGCCAGGUUUGUCGCCUGGGAGGUGGCCUCUCAUCCUUUGGAUUUGGAGGGACGAACGCGCACGGAGUCGUGUCUGCGGCAACAGAGGCCGGGGAAGGGUUCCGCAUGGAGCUGGCGCGCAAGGAGGCGACAGCCCCACCCAGGCAGCUACCCGUGGCCUUUGAGCGCCGCAACUUCGCAUGGCGGGAGGUCGGCUUCAGGUUCUUGCGUGCCAAGCCCAGCGACGGCAUCUUUGAAGUGGCCAUGCGCAUGGAUGUCUACGAUGUGGUGAAGCACCACGUCGUCUUUGGCUCCAUCGUGGUGCCGGGUGUGGUCUUUGUGGAAAUGGCCUUGGAGGCCACCCGGGAGCUCUUCGGCACGGGGGUGCGGAUCACGGAUGUGAACAUGAUGUUCCCUUUCGUGAUUCCGCUCAGAACCACCGGGGCCGAGCCUGCCGCCAUCAUGCGCUUCGUGCUGAAGUCGGAUACCCGGUUCCAGAUUGAGAGCACCUCGGCCACAGGCACCGUCACGGUGCACGCAGAAGGUGGCAUCAAUCGCACCCCACCCAGGGGCGAGGAGGCCGAGGUGGAUGCUGCAGCCAAGGCCACACCAGUUGACUUGGAGUCCUUGAAGGCUCGGGUGGUGGAGGUCGUUCCUACCAAGGAUGUCUACGCUGCCAUUGAUGGCGUCGGCUUGUAUCUGGGCCCAAUGUUCCAGACGGCCAAGCAGUUGUGGCGGAAGGAGCCGGACGAGGGCAGCGAGAGCAAGGUGAUCGAAGUUCUUGGACGGCUGAAGCUGGACGAUGGUGUGCCCAACGUCGGCUAUGUGCUGCAUCCGGCGGUCUUCGAUGGCACGAUCCACAGCUUGGGAACUGCAUCUGUCGGCAAGAACGUGAAUGAUCUGAAGAUCUUUGGUGGUGUGGGUCGCGUUUCAAUCAUCCAGCAUGAGAACUUCUCUCAGAACGAGGAGUACUGGAUCUGGCUGAGUAUCAAGGAGAAGCUCGAGGCGUCGGAAACCUUCGAUCUCAAGGUCAUGUCCAGCAACGGCACAGUCCUGAUGCUGAUGGACAACGUGGUGUUCCGCAAGGUCCUGCCCGAGCAGAUCCAGAUGGCCAUCGCGGCCCAAUCCACCCCGGAAGAUGACCAGAAGAUUUAUGAGAUCGAGUGGCAGGACGUCCCUGAGAGCGAGGAGGCUUCCGAGCCUUCGGAUGAGCGCUGGCUCGUCUUGCACCACAAGGCCUCACAGAGCUUGCUGGAUGAGCUGAAGUCUCAUCUCGGCAGCAAUCAUGCUUAUGCGAGCCUGGAUGACAACGCAGACUGGGGAAAGUUCCACGACUACUCCAGGGUGGUGAGCAUCGCCGGCACCGGGGCCCUGCCAAACAAUGCGACUUCAGCGGCUGCCGAAGUCCUGGAUGUGCUUGACCGCACGCUCCGCCUCAUGCAGGCCAUGGCCAAGGCUGCCAAGGAGGAUGGCGCGGAGGGCAUGCCGGAGCUUUGGCUUCCAAUCUGCUUGAGCAACGCCGUCGUCGAGGGCGAUCUGGCAUCAUCUUCGGCCACCCUUCCGGCAAGCCACGCGGGGAUCUGGGGCUUGGCAAAGGCCUUCCGCAACGAGCACCCCGAGCUUGCCAGCACGGUGACCUUUGACGUGGAGGAGGCAGAUUGCUCUGCCAAGGGCCUGGCCAAGCAACUUCAGUACCUUCAGAAGCAAAGGGCUGGUGGCUUGACGGAGCCGGAGCUGGCGUCGCGCGGCGAGGGCAAGCUCAUGGUGCCCCGGUUGGUGGACUCGACGCAGCGGCUGCAGAAUGAGGCGGGUGACCCGAGCUUUGGUCCCGAGGGCAUGUACAUUGUCACGGGUGGAACCGGUGCCCUUGGGCUGCUUUUCGUGGACUGGAUGGUCCGCUGCGGUGCCCGACACUUUGCCUUGCUUUCUCGAAGCGGCCAGCCGCCCGCCGACUCCAAGGCUGCCUUCCGCAAGCUCGAGAAGCAGAUGGCCAAGAUGAAAGACGUGACCUUCUCCGCUCGCAAGUGCGACAUCGGCUCUGGGGCCGAUGUCUUGCGUGUUGUCACCCAGGUGCUUGACGAGCAGCAUGUGGUGAAGGGCAUUGUGCACGCUGCCGGCACUCUGGCCGAUGGCCUCAUCAAAGACGGUCAAGAUCGGGCGACGCUGAAGACGGUAUGCUCCGCCAAGGUGGAUGGAUCCUUGCAGCUCCACAACGCGGCGGCCCAGCUGGGCCUGCCACUGGAGUUCAUGUGGCUGUUCUCCUCCGUGGCGGCCAUGAUCGGGUCUGUUGCGCAGGGUAACUACUGCGCGGCCAAUGCUUUCAUGGAUGCUAUGGGCGCCCGCCGGCGGGCGCGCAACUUGCCAGCUGUUUCGUUGCAGUGGGGCCCGUGGGCUGAUGUGGGCAUGGCGGCCCGGGCCGGCACAUCCGAAGGCAGCAUCGCGCGCCUGGACCCCCAGCGCGGCCUGGAGGCUAUGGCCCUGGUCCUUGGCGCCUCAGACAACCUCCGACCUGCAGGUACGCUGGGCAUUGCCCGGAUCAAGUGGAAGUCGCUCUUGGGCCAGAUGCCCAAAGUGCUGAGCAAGUUUGGGGGAAGCAGCGGUCCCAAGAAGGCAGCGGCCGCUUCUGGCGCCGUUGUCAGCGCCGAUGACAUCAAGGGCGUGGUUGUCGGCGUCCUUCAGGACGUGCUGGAAGGGUCUGGCGAUCUGGAUCUGUCCACGCCGUUGAUGGAGAUGGGUUUGGACUCAUUGGCUGGCGUGGAGUUCCGCAAUCGGCUUCAAGCAUCUUUCGAAGGAUUGCAGUUGUCCUCAACUCUCAUGUUUGACUACCCUACGGUUCCAGAUCUGGUCGACUACAUCCACUCGCAAGUCGGACCUGCAGAAGACGAUCUGGGUGCGGUUGGGGGAGCCACGUUGGGUGAUAUUGGGGCGAUGCUGGCUAUCGCCAGCCAUGCCGGACGAUACCCUGGCUGCUUCACAAACAAUGUGGAGGAAUAUUGGCACAACAUGAGCUUAGGCUUUGACACGACGACGGAGCUUCCGCCAGAGCGCUGGGACAUGGAUGCCUACUACGAUGCCGACGUGGAUGCACCAGGCAAGACCUACGUGCGGCUGGGCCACUUCAUCCCAGGCAUCGACCAAUUUGAUGGCGACUUCUUCGGCGUGUCGGAGGCCGAGCUCCGAUCCAUGGACCCCCACCAGUGGCUGGCUUUGGAGAUUAGUUACGAAGCAUUCCACGCAGCCGGCCUCAACAAGGAGUCUUUGCAGGGAAUGGAUUGCGGCGUCUACGUUGGCUGCUGCAACUUGGGAGGAAACGAUGUCGACCCACUGGGGCUCGGCCCCUUCUCCAACAUCGGCUUCGCGUAUUCCGGCCUGUCAGGCCGCAUCUCGCACGUCCUGUCCCUGCGGGGCCCCUGCUUCACAGUGGACACGGCCUGCUCUUCCACGAUUGUGGCCUUGGACUCUAGCUGUCAAGCAGUCAGAAUGGGCAGGUGCCAGAGUGCCGUGGCAACUGGUGCCAACGUCCAGCUGUCGGGAUGUAUCUGGGUCGGCUUCUCCAAAAUGCGCGGUUUGGCCUUCGACGGGCGCUGCAAGACUUUCGACUCCCGGGCCGACGGCUUCGCGCGUGGUGAGGGCAUUGGCUCUGCCUUCAUCCGCCAGGGCAGCACCGAGGGCUCGGAGGUAGUGAACCUUGUCGGCCUCAGCGGUGUCGCCAUCAACCACGACGGACGUGCUGCGACCAUCACGGCACCCAAUGGAACUGCCCAGCAACGCGUGCUGAGGGCGGCGCUCGCCGAUCGGGCGACCCAAGCCGAGGACGUUACCUGCAUCGAGUGUCACGGUACCGGAACGGCCCUGGGCGAUCCGAUCGAAGUGGGAGCCCAGAAGGCCGUCUACGGAAAGGGCCGCAGUGAGUCGCAACCGCUAAUUCUCGCAGCCACGAAGUCCAACAUCGGCCACUUGGAAGGCUCGGCCGGCGUGGCGGGCAUUUCCAAGGUGAUCUUGGCCAUCACAAAGGCGCACAUCACACCAAACCUUCAUUUGGAGACCCUGAAUCCCAACAUCGACCUUGGUGGCUUCACGGUCUUGAUGCCGGACAAGCUCGUGGAGUGGAAGAGCGCCAGCCUCCGAUCUGGCGUGUCAUCCUUUGGCUUCUCCGGUACCAACGGCCACGGCCUGAUGGAGGCAAUCCUCACACAGCCUUCUGAGCCAAAGGUUGUGAAGCCCAUGCACUUUGCCCGCAAGGUCCUGAAGCCUUGGAGGGAGUGGAUGCAGAAGGUCGUUUAUUUCGAGCAAUGGGUGAAGUCUCAAUACGCCAUGAGCUCCCCCCUUGACGGACAAGCCUUCGUCGUCGCAGACAGCGCUUUGGCAGAUUCUCUCACUUCAGCCCUCCCAAACAAAGGUGUAGCACUAACGGAGAAGUGUGCUGCAGCUGCCCUGGGCGAGAAGAUGAAGAGUGCUGGAGCACCCGCAGCGGUGUUUGCCCGGUGCCUCGAUCAAGGCAGGGCCGAGCCUUUGCCAGGCACACACUUGGAGGAGGUGCUGGCGUUCUUGCAAGGGGCCAUGGUUUCGGAGACUCCGAAGCUGCUGGUCGUGGUGACCCGCGGCGCCUACGAGGCCGAGCGUGCCAACUUCGAUGCGGGUGCCUUGGUUUGGGGCUUGAUCCGUUCGGCCAGAAUGGAGAUGCCUCGUGUGACCAUCAAGACCGUGGACGUCGCGGUGGAUGCUGGCCCCGCGGACAUCGCCAAGGCCGUUGUCGCCGAGUUGCAGGGGCCCGACGGUGACCUUGAGGUGGCAUACACGGCCGAGGGGCGCUGUGUUCCCCGCUUGUUGGAGGCUCCACAGAACGAGGCUGUUGCCAUGCAGCGACAGGAUGCCAUGAGGGACGCCGACGCUGCCGCCGAUGUCAAGAAGGGCUUCCAGAUUGUGACAGGUGGUUUGGGAGGGCUGGGCUUGGUGGCUGCCGAGGAACUGGCAGCACUUGGAGCGCCAGGCCUGCUGCUCACUUCGCGCAGCGGCCGUGUGGCCGAGGGUCAGAAGCGCCUGGAAGACCAGCUCCGUCGUCUUGAGGCACUCCCUGGCCUGAAAGUUCACCUGAAGAUCUGCAACGCCGGGAAUCCGGGAGAUGUGGCCAAGCUCGUGAAGGAGGCCAAGGAUGCCGGCGAGGCCGUUGAAGGUGUGGUGCACGCGGCUGGAGUGAUGGAUCGCUGUCCCCUGCCAGAGCUGGACACUGCUCACCUCAACAAGGUGCUGGCGCCAAAGGCCAAUGGCGCGUGGCAUUUGCAUAGCGAAUGCCCUGACAGCAGCCUCUUCGUGCUCUUCAGUUCAGUCUCCGCAAUUGUAGGCCUAGCGGGCUCUGCAUCCUACUCCUCUGCCAACGCGUACCUGGAUGCUUUGGCCAGCUGGCGCCGUGGUGCUGGUCGCUCUGGCGUUAGCCUGCAGUGGGGCCCUGUGUCUGAGGUGGGCAUCACUGCUGCCGCAGGCAGUGAUAAUUUGGAAGCCAUGGCACUGAAGACGCUUUCACCAGCACAAGUGGGCAGUGCCCUACGCCUCUGUCUCGCAGCUCCCACGCCACGUGCGGAAGUCAUGCUGGCCCGAGUGGACUGGCCGGCCUUCAUGCGAGAGAUUGGCAUGGAGAUCCCGCAGCUGAUGGAUCUGCAGUCCAAGGAGGCGACAGCAGGAGCAGGCAAGACCAGCCAAGGAGCUGGAAGCGCCCUGGCGCAUCUGCCGAUGGAGGAGCGCCGGGGGGAGGUGCUAAAGUCCAUCCGUGCUGCGGCCUCGGGUAUGGGGCUGGAGAUGGACGACAAUACCCCUCUCAUGGAGGCCGGUAUCGACUCGCUGUCUGCGGUGGAGUUCCGGAACAAGGUCUCCAAUGAAUUCCGCUCGGUCCGCUUGCCAAGCACCCUGAUGUUCGACUACCCCACCCUCACAGCGCUCGCCGAGUAUGUGUCGCAACAACUCGUGCCGGACGCGAUGGCCACGGAGUUGCCGACCAAGGCGCUGGCCCGUCCUGGGGCUUCCGCCUCCAACGAGGCCAUCGCAGUUCUCGGAGGCGCAUGCCACCUCCCAGGUGACAGCUGGUCCUUGGAGAAGUUUGACUUCAUGCUCUCCCAGGGAGUGGACUGCAGCGUGGAGAUGCCCCACAGCAGGUGGGACGUGGAUGAUUACUACGACCCGGAUGCAACCACAGGCCUCAAGAUGUACGUGAGGCAUGCGGCAUUCAUUGAAGGAGUCGAGCUCUUCGCAGCUGCCGCAUUCAACAUCAACAAGGCCGAAGCAGAGACCAUGGACCCGCAGCAACGGCACCUUCUCGAGGCCGCCUUUGAGGCGUUCACGGGAGCUGGGCUUGGCAAGAGCGCCCUCAUGGGCAGCUACGGUGGUGUCUUCGUUGGCCAGGACAAGUGUGAUUGGAACCGCAUGAUUACGGGUGCACAGAGCGGCCCAUAUGCUGCCACCGGUGGCUCCUCGUCCAUCAGCGCCAAUCGCAUCAGCUACGUACUGGGACUGAAGGGCCCAAGCGCAACAAUGGAUACUGCGUGCUCUUCCUCGCUGGUUGCGGCGGACACAGCAGCAGUCACCCUUCGUCGCCGAAGAUGUGAUUUGGCAGUGGUGUGCGGUGUGAAUAUGACACUGCUCCCACAAACCUUCGUUGCGUGCUGCCAGGCGCAGAUGCUCUCAAAGAGCGGAAGGUGCCGCACCUUUGACGACUCCGCGAGCGGAUAUGCUCGGGGUGAAGGCGUGGGUGCCCAGGCAAUGGAGCGACUGGGAAGCCAGGUUAGCGCUGGCGAUGCAACACUGCUGGCAGAGCUUCGUGGCUCAGCCCUGAACCAAGAUGGGCGAAGCUCCAAUUUGACCUCGCCCAAUGGCCCUUCCCAACAAGCUGUGGUGCUGGCUGCGCUGACGGAGGCGCAGGUGCAGCCAGGUCGCCACGCGUGUGUGGAGACCCAUGGCACGGGCACCGCCUUGGGAGAUCCCAUCGAGGUUGGAGCCCUUCAGGCUGUUCUUGGUGGAUCGAGGGUUCAACCCGUGCAGCUCGGUGCGGCGAAGACAAAUGUUGGCCACUUGGAAGGUGGCGCAGGGAUGGUCGGGCUGACCAAACUCGCAUCGAUUCUCUCCCGCAACUGCUUGCCCGCCAACCUGCACAUACGAGACUUGAACUCUCACAUUUUCGAUGACAUCGAGGACUUUGCGGUGAACUUUGUUUCGGAAUCUUGCCCCAGCCAGACAAUGGCAGCUGCGUCUGUGUCCUCCUUCGGAUUUGGGGGAACCAAUGGUCACGUGCUGCUGGCUCGGCCGGCCACGUCCAAAGCAGGAGCACCCCGCAGGUCUGCGCAGCGUGCUGUGACAGAGCCAGAGAAGACCGCCUUCCUCUUUACAGGACAGGGCUCACAGUACGUGGGCAUGGGCAAGCAGCUCUACGACUCCGAGCCCGUCUUUAGGGAAGCCGUGGAUCACUGCGCGAAGAUCUUGGAUAGCUUGCUGCCAACGCCGCUUCUUGAGGUUAUGUACGCGGACAGCGACCAGGGCCUUCUCAACCAGACGCAGUUCUCUCAGCCGGCCAUCUUUACCAUAGAGUAUGCGCUGGCGCAGCUGUGGCGAUCGCGUGGCCUGGAGCCUUGUGCAGUCCUUGGCCACAGUGUGGGCGAGUAUGCGGCUGCCGUGGUGGCUGGUGUGCUUCCGUUGGAGGAUGGCUUGCGCCUGAUUGCCGCCCGCGGGCGGCUGAUCGCUGAAAAGUGCGAGGCCAACGUCGGCACCAUGUCGGCGCUCUUUGCCCCGGAGCAGGCUGUCAAGCAAGCCAUGGAGAAGUCCAAAGUCAGCACGCAGGACGUGGCGAUUGCCGCGGUGAACGGCCCCAAGAUGACUGUCAUCAGUGGCCGGAAAGAAGCUGUGGAGAAGGUUGCGGAGACGGCGGGCGCCACAAGUCGGCCUUUGACAGUCUCCCACGCCUUCCACUCGCCGCUCAUGUCGCCAAUGCUUGAGGACUUCCGCCAGGAGGUAUCCAAGGCGCCCCUUGGCGGCCAGCUGAAGAUCCCAUUCUUCUCGACUUUGUUGGGCAAGGAAGUGAGCGCGGACGAUCUUGCCAAGGCAGAUUACUGGGUGGAUCAUGUCAAGUACGCCGUUCGCUUCACGGCCGGUGUGGAGGCGCUGGAGGCUGCAACGGCCCCAGCGGUCUACCUCGAGAUAGGCUCCACGCCGACUUUGAUUGGCAUGGCAAAGCGAUUCUUGACAAGGAAAGAAGCUCGCUUUGUUGCAAGCUUAGAUGCCAAAGCCUCACCAGACGAGCGCGAUGCGGUCAAGAAGGCUGCAGAAGCCAUGAAUCUCUCGGCGGCACCGGCAAAGAGCUCUGCAGCCGCCUUGGAGCGUCAGGCCUUCCCUUGGCGGGAAGCCAGCCAUCCGUUGCUGAAGCGACGAACCACGCGGGCAGAUGGGGCCACCGUCUUCAGCUGCUCCUUCGGUGGGCAUGUCCUCGCCCUCCUCUCGCACCACAUCGUUCAUGGCGAGGUGGUGGUUCCCGGUGCAUGCUAUUUGGAGAUGAUUGUUGCUGGGUGCACGACCUUCGUGGGCAGCGAAGCGUGGUGCGUGGAGAACCUGGGCUUUGCAAAGCCGUUGGUUCUGCGGCUUUUGCCGGACGGCUCUCUGGAAGAGCCCACGGAGCUGCGCCUGGUCGUGCGCCCGGACGGGCGCCUGGAGGUGGAGAGCGAGAUCGGCAGCGACCCGGAGGACAGCAUCGUCUCGGUGCAUGUUGAGGCCACAUUGGUGAGAAAGUCCGGCGGCUGGGUCAAGACGAAUAGACCGGAGCAGGACAGCUUUGAUUUGAGCCAGCUGCGGUCACAGUGCCCCGAGCCUGUGGACAUCGACCUCAUGUACUCCUUCGGGCGCAAGAGUGGCUUGCCACUACAGCCGCGGUUCCGAACGGUGCGGCACGUGCAGAAGGGAGACAAAGAAUCCUUCGCGCGCUUGGAGAUGGAGAAGGACGGUACCCAUAUCGGCUUCUGGCUUGGCCCCUCCCUCAUUGAUGGGUCCUUCCAAGCAUCCAUGGCGCUGGCUGACGCGGCCACUGGAAUCGGAACUCUGAAGAUUCCGCUGUCCAUUCGCCGCCUCCAGCCUUGUGGGCGGCCGUUCUCUAUCGGCGUGUGGUCGUACUUCCAGCUCAUCGAUUUCACAGACAAGUCCACCGUCUUCCGGUCAUGGCUCCUGAACGAUGCAGGCGAGGCUCUCCUGUACUUCGACCACGUCCACUUACAGGAGGUUCGUGACGAGCACAUCCAGAAGGUCUUGCAGGCUUCUGGUCGCCAAGGCAUGGAGCAGCAGAUGCUCUACGACGUGAACUGGCGGCCAGUCCAAGCCCAGGCUGCGGCGCCAACCUCGCGGUGGCUGCUCCUUGGCAGCCCCGCCGCCCUCCAGCAGAUGAAGGCCGCCGAGGCAGAUCCAAGGUGCCGCUGCGCCAAGCUGGACAUGGAGGGCGAGGACUUGCCUGCCCUACUUACUGAAGAGACCUGGACGGCAGUCAUACUGGCCGAUGGCCUGAUGGCCGCCGACGCCAGCACCAGUGCUUGGGCCGCUUCUCCUGCAGACUCAGCCGCGCCAGGAGGUGAGCACAGCGACGUCGCGGUAUUGGAGCGAGCUAUGGUUCUUACCAAGGCAGCGGCGAAGUUGGGCAGCAAGUCUCCGGUGGUGGUCUUGCCCACCUGGGGAGCACAGCCCCUGGCUGCAGAGCAGAGCGAGAAGCGGCGGCAAGGUGCACCCGAUCACAGUGGGCUCUGGGGUUUUGCGCGAGCCGUGCGAAUGGAGUAUCCAGGUGCCCUUCGGAUCACAUGCGUGGACCUGGACGCAGGCAAACAAUCCGAUGCUUGGACACAGCUUUCCACGGAUCUCUUGCCGGCCUUGCCGGCCGACGAAGAAGAGGUUGCCAUCCGAGAUGCAGAGAUGAGUGCCGCCAAGCUUGCCCGAUCUGCCGUGAAAUAUACAGGGGCAGUACGGCUGAACAUGCCCGCCCGGGGAUCCCUCACGGGCCUCAGAGUGGUUCCCCAAGCCGAUACGUCGGUGCGGAUGGCAGCGGCGCCAGGGAUGGCACAACUGCGCAUCCGAGCCGUCGGACUGAACUUCCGCGAUGUGCUUAACGUCAUGGGGCUCUACCCUGGCGACCCGGGCCCACCGGGUGCGGACUGCGGUGGCACGGUCAUCGGCCUUGGGGACAACGUCCAGCACCUGCGGCUGGCAGAGGACGUCUUUGGUGAGUCGCCAGGGUGCCUGAGCACGUACAACACCAGUUCAGCAGCCCUGCUCUCCCCCAAGCCAACAUCCUGGACCUACGAGGAGGCCUGCUGCAUGCCGGUGAUCUUCGUGACAGUGGAGGAGGCCCUGGGCGACCUGGCCAAGCUGAAGCGGGGUGAGCGAGUUCUCAUCCAUGCUGCUGCCGGUGGUGUGGGCCUGGUGGCCAUCCAGUACGCUGCUUUCGUUGGCGCAGAGGUCUACGCCACUGCUGGGGCAGAUGAAAAGCAUGAGUUUUUGAGGGGGCUGGGUGUGAAAUACAUCACCAGCAGCCGAAACGGCAAGAAGUUUGAAGAUGACAUGAAGCAGUUCCUCAAGGAGCAGGGAGUUGACGGAAUCGACGUGGUGCUCAAUAGUCUCAGCCAUGACGACUACAUCCCGCGGUCUUUGGCAUUGCUUCGCAAGGGUGGCCGGUUCCUCGAGAUCGGCAAGCGAGGGAUCUGGUCGCACGAGCAGAUGUUCCAAGCCCGUCCUGAUGUCAUGUAUGAGAAGAUCGCUGCGGACACCAUGAUGGAAAAGGAGCCGUGGCGCUACAACGCUUACCUCAAGAGGCUGCUGCAGCGCGUGGAUGAUGGAGGGCUGAGUCCUAUCAACAUGCACCUCUUCGAGGGCAUGGAGAAGGGCGUGGCUGCCUUGCAGUUCCUUCAGAGGGCGAACAACAUCGGGAAAGUGGUCAUCAGCUCGUCGAGCCGCCUGCUCUGCAGCCCUGACCAGAUGCCUCUACUUUCCGGUGGUCUUGGUGCUCUGGGGGUGGUCACCGCACAGUUCCUGGUUGAGGAAGGCGCCAAGUCCUUGUGCCUGCUGUCGCGCAACGGCCAGCCGGCCAAGGACGUUGGGCCGCAGUGGUCUUGGCUCCAGAAGUGUGCCGUGGAGCUCCGCAUCGAGAAAUGCGACGUUGGACGGAAGGAGUCCGUGGUGGCCUUGCGCGACGCGCUCGCAGGAAGCACUUUGGGAGGUCUGCUGCACCUUGCUGGGGUUCUGGCGGAUGGUGUCCUGCCAAGCCUCACCCGGGAGAGCUUGGACCGUUCCUAUGGUCCCAAGGUGCACGGCCUCUUCAACUUGUGCCGUAUCUUGGACUUCCACAAAGCCGCGCCCCAUCUGCUGUUCUCCUCGACAUCUGCACUCUUUGGAUCGCCAGGCCAGGCAAACUAUUCGGCCUCGAAUUCGGUGCUUGACUCCUUGGCACCCUUCUGGAGUUCCCAGGAUCCCGAUGGAGCGGACUUCCUAUGGCGGAAUGCCCGCUCUGUCCAAUGGGGCCCAUGGGCCGAGGUCGGCAUGGCUGUGCAGGCAAACACCCUGGGGCGCGCCAAGUCCAUGGGUGUUGGUGCGUUGACCAAUGCCCAGGGUUUGGCCAUCAUGAGCAGCAUCCUGAGCAGCUCGAACCUCCUGGUGGGCGCCGUGCCAGUGCGGUGGGGCAAGUACUUGAAGAGCGCCUACCCACAAGUGCCCAGCUUCCUCAAGGACUUCGAGGCCGAAGCCAAGAAGGAGGCGGCCGAGGCGCGGGCCGCGAGGGGCGCGCCCGGCGAUUCGGCGAUCGCGGCGGCGCUGAGCGGCCUCAGUGGUGAGGAGCGCCUGGCGGCUGUCCGCAACAGCCUCCGCGAUCUAGCACGGGAGGUGGUAGAUGCUGCUGAUCUAGAAGCUGACAGUCCUCUCAUGGAUUCUGGCAUGGACUCUCUAUCAGGUGUGGAGUUCAGGAAUAGACUACAGACGGAGUUUGAUGGCGUCAAUCUCCCCAACUCCAUGGUUUUCGACUACCCCACAGUCACUGAGCUGGCAGGGUUCAUCAAUGGACAGCUUGGUGAUGCCCCGGAAUCGGCAACGCCAGCGGUGUCCACAACGGCGGCUGCGCCGCAAGAGGCGUUCGUGGAACCGCUCAACACGCUGUGCAACGGUUCCGAGACUGCGGCAAGCAAGCCGCUGUUCCUGGUGCCAGGUGCAGGCAUGCAAGCGGGAAGCUUCAGAACACUAGCAGCGCGCCUGGCCUCGGCCAGCUACGGCCUGACUUGGCCCAAGAGCAUUCCGCGGGACCAGUGGCCAAGCAGCCUCAAGGAUCUGGCCGAGCUCUUUUUCAGGGAGAUUCAGAAGGUUCAGCCGGAGGGCCCCUACCUUCUCGCUGGCCAUUCCUUCGGUGCCAAUGUGUGUUUGGAGAUAGCAGCGGUCGCCUCGUCCAAGGGGCAGCAGGUGUCGAUGGUGCUUCUGUUGGAUCCACGCAGCUUGCUUCCACUUCAAGUGGAUGUCCAAGCGGCCUUUGCCAAGUCAGGUCUGGUUGAAAGCUUGGCGCUGUUGGCGCAGACGCUGCCGGGAGCGGAAGGGUCACGAUACGCGGAGCUGUUAGAUGCUCACGCCGGCGGCGGCGACGAGGCCAUCCGGAAAGCAUUGAGCCCUGGGGCAUUGUCCUCCCUGGAGCACGUGCAUGAAACCACCCAGUGGUACAGCGCCUUGCUCCAGCAGGGUGAGGCUCCUCCCGCCCUCGAGGGCACGAAAGUUGCGGUGCUGCGGGCCACCAUGGCUUGGAAAUCUGCGAAGGCGGACGAGACGGGCGCCGAAAGAAUCGUGCGCGAGUUCCAAGCCGUCACCUUCCAAGAUGACAAUGAGGUUGCAAGUCAUCUGACUUCCUGUGCCGAGAGUCCGGUGGUGCUCAAGGUUCCGGGCACGCACUUCAGUAUGCUCCAUGAGCCGAACGUGAUGAAAGUGGCCUUGCAGGUCUGUUCAGCUUUGAACAGCUUGGAGGAAGACGAAGAGUAG